AUCACGUGAGUUAACAAUUUUGAAAACCAAGCUUUAUAUAAUAAGAUACUAAAUGAUAUUUUUUGUAAGAUCUCUUUCUAUUUAAUGAGAAUCUUCUCAAACUUUACAAGUGUAGGUUUUCCAUUUAUCUCAACCCCUUUAGUUCAAAACCCUUUAACAGGACGAGUCAUAUAAAUAAAGCAUAUAAUCGGACUUCUUAUUUUCACAGAAGUAUUAACAAUAAGAAAGAAAAUAAUGACUAUGACAAAAGCUUUUGUGAUUUUUAUUCUUGUAGCAACGUCGUUGUGCAACUCCAAUGCUUUGCCUUCAUCGGUUGUCAAUGGAUUUGGAUAUGAUUAUUGCAUUGCAAAAUGUUCAAUAACUUUUUUAGAUGAUGUAUGCAAGCCGGUGUGUAUAAGCAAGGGGUACUCAGAUGGAGGGUGUAUUGGAGGACCAAAACUUAAAUGUUGUUGUAAGAAAUGAUAGAAAUCAAUAAUCUUUAUAGUAAACUAGCGAUUUGAUAUCUUGUUUGUUCUUGGAUGAAAUAAAACUAAUCUUAUUAUA